GUUGUCUUUCAAAAAUUAUUUGACUUACUUCCCGAUUGAACUUUUAGCUGAAAUAUUUUGUGGAUAAAUUAGAAUUGAUGAAGAACAUGCACAAAAAAAAUUCAUCAAAAAAUUCCACCGGGAAGUGACCCAAGCGUUGUUGUCUGGACGGCGGUUCUGGUCCGGAAUUCUAGACUUGAAGAUUUCUCUCUAUAUGUGUGUGUGUAGGAUCAAAUACAAAUAGUCCUUCCCAUGAAAAAUAGGAAUAAAUCUAAAGCAUCGGGGAUUCAUGAUCUAAUGGCUCUAAGCCUCUAAAUAUGUCAAAAAUGCACUAAAGUGGAUGGAAAACGCAGUGGCAUUUUCGUAAAUAAAUCAGAUUUAUUUACUUUUGCAAAAAGUGGACUUCCAGUGUGCAAUAGUGUACCGUGAAGGACCAAAAGUGGAUGGCGGAAAAUUUCUUAAUGCAAUAGUGCACCUUAUAUGCUCAAAAGUGGAGACAUUCUCAUUUUGUAUUUUAAGACUGUUUUUAUUGGAACCAGACCAUGUGUGAGUGUGUGUUCACCAAAAGAUGUGGUGAUUCCAAAAAUAUGAUUAGAUAACUUAUUAUUCCUAAAUUAAUGGUGUGUAUGGUAUGUAAUUAUGUAUGGUAUGUAUUUUUAUCCUACUUUUUCUCUCUUGAUUGUAAUUAUAUUAUUACUCAUAUAGACUCGUGUUUAGGUUUGCUAGCCAUUCAUUAAGAAUCUUUUAAUGUUUUAUGUUAAUUUUUUAGUCACAGGUAAAUUUCCCUUUAGAAACUCAUAUAGCUUGAUAGUUUUGCCUGUUCUUAUCCUUUCAUGAUGUUUCUCUAGCACUUCUAAAACGUCAGGGGGUUAAUGUGAAUGGUCUUGUAAAAGAUACUCCAAAAAAAGAAGACGAACCUCAACCACAUAUAGAUUGCACAGGGGAUUUACAGGUUUGGCGUGCAAGUGGUGAACAAAAGAUUCUUCUUCCAACAUCUGAUCAAUCAAAGUUCUAUAGUGGGGACUCUUACAUAUUUAAUUAUUCGUAUCCUGGUGAAGACAAGGAGGAAUGCAUUAUUGGCACAUGGUUUGGGAAGCAAAGUGUUAAGUAUAUAGGAAGAUCAGAUCUCAGCAACUUCACAUGCAAGCAAAAUGGUUGAGUCCAUGAAGUUCUUGGUGACUCAGGCUCGCAUAUAUGAAGGCUUUGAACCGAUCCAGUUCCUUUCUAUAUUACAGACCCUUAUUGUUUUCAAGGGCGGUCUUAGCGAAGGCUACAAGAAGUUUCUUUCUGAAAAAGAAAUCUCGGAUGAUACAUACAGUGAAGAUGGUGUUGCAUUGUUUCGAAUACAGGGUACUGGGCCAGACAAUAUGCAAGCCAUCCAAGUUGAUCCAGUGGCAUCUUCAUUGAACUCCUCUUACUGUUACAUACUACAUAGUGGUUCUACCGUCUUCACAUGGUAUGGAAAUCUUACAACCUCCGAUGAACAGGAUCUUGCUGAGAGGCAACUUGAUAUUAUAAAGCCUGAUAUCCAGUCUAGGCUGCAGAAGGAAGGUGCGGAAUCUCAACAAUUUUGGGAUAUUUUGGGGGGUAAAUCUGAAUACCCUAACCAGAAGGUUGAAAAAAAUAAUGAAAGUGACCCUCAUCUCUUCUCGUGCACAUUCUCAAAUGGU